UUACAAGAUAAGAGAAUGCCUGUGAGUGUCUGGUGACUAGUGUGAGGGAUAUGGGAUGACUUUACGACUGCUGCUCAUCAUUUUCCUGUUUCAGGGUGAAUGGUGGCUCAGUGAGGCGUGGUGCUUGUACUUCUGUCCCAAAGAGAGGACUCCGGAGACAUUCUGCGCAGUAGACUCCACGAGAGGGGCCAAGCUGUUCCAGGGCCGGUGUCAAAUAUGGAGGGCUAACUACUGCCUGACAGCCGGAUACAAGGUGAUGGACAUGCAGCAGUGCCUAGACCGCUACCCAGGCGUGCUGACUGACUAUCUCGCCUCCAUCAAGAGUUUCCAGAAGUUCGAUGCCUCUAAGCAGCCACCGUCUGUCGGCUUGUGGCGGCGCUUCUUCCUAUUGUGGACUCUUCUGUCACGGAUGACUCCUAGAGUAUACGCUGCGCCUCAAACUGCGUUACUUUUAACUUUGCUGCAACUAUUGCUCAGUCAAAAGGACUUGAGGUCACCCAACAGCCCUUUCCUCAGGUCCACAUUCCCUCAGGAUGAUAUGUUCUCGAGCCCCAACUCCCCUAGGACGAAUCCGUUUUCAUUUUCGGGUCCCGGAAUACCUCGGCUAAACCCAUUGGCAUUUCCUGGAUCGUCGUUCUUUGAUCAUUUUCUACAUCCCGAGUCACCUUUAUCAUGACUACGUUUUAAAGUAGCAAUAAACAGUCUCUUUCAAA